AUGCUGGAGUAUCCUAACGUUCAGAUUGACUGGGAACAAGGAUGUGUAUUUGUCCAGGAUGGGACUAUCUAUUGCUCUCCAAACUUGCAACGCCCCGUAGUUAUCCCUCCCGAACCUGGACACGUCGUCAGUCCCUUUGAAGGCAAGCGCCUCAACGCUGCAAUGUUCAAGCAACCUGUUUGGUGGUCGGAUGUAUUUGGAUGGCUUUCCUUCGUCCCCCUUGCACCUUCCUUUCUGUCAUAUCCUUUUGAAAACCUAUGCUGGAUCCCAAUUAUAGAACCCUUAACGUCCAAAGAGUCUGAAGACUCAGAGAAAGAAGAACACCCCAAGUACGUCAUGCAGGAGGCCGAUAGAUUGCAUUGGGAAACCACAGAACGGAACAUACUGUGCGCAGCACAUUACUUGCGGUUGCAGCAUGGUAUACCCGGUACCUCUCCUCCACCUCCGUCGUUUUUCCAUUAUAAUAAACCACAGAAGUCUCCUGAAAUUCUUCGAACAAUGAUAACCUUGGCCAGGAGCUGGUUUGUGGUCUGGAUGGGAUAUCUUUCUUAUCUCAUUACUCAAGCAUUGCGCCACGAAUAUCAAGUUGCUAUCAAGCCGCAGCACACAUAUCAACCUUAUCCAUACUGGUACAAAAAACUCUCAGAACAAAGUUCGCUUGAAGGCCCUUGGCUGGAUGGGUUAUGCUCAUCGUCAGUACUUUCAUUUGACUGGACCACCCCUUGCGCCGGUGUCAUUCUACGCUUGAGCAAGCAUGAUAAAUCCAGACCGCCAAUCCAGUUCUUCUUUGACCAUCACAUCCCCGUGUACUAUCCAUGGACAAUGGUCGAGGAUGAAGCAGUACUUCUUGAUCGUUCUCUCAAGGCCUUUGAACCCCCGGAAGCUUUGGUUCGAAAAGCGCUGGGUUCCAUUCUCAAGGGUUCUGACGCAAUGAUGUGCAUGCUGCUAAUACAGCGCUACUGUAAUCCACACAAUGCAGAUGCGCGAAAAAUCUUUCCUCUGGAUUGGAAACAAAAACCGACAGUGGUGAGAAAUAUUUUUUAUGAGUAUAUGUCCAACGAGGACAUGGCCAAUGAAGCACAAUUUCCGGAGAUACUCAAGAGGUUGGAGUCAAAAGUAUCCGCUGAAUCAUCAGCUAAGAAAGAGGUGGCUCAUCUUGCGGCCAAUGCACCCAUGCGAGAGGCGAUUGGAUGGCUGGACGAAAUGGAGAGGGGUUCUCUUUUUGCUAACUGGAAGGCCUUUUUUGACAAUAGAGCGAAACGGAAUAGUGAAUUUUUGGCUAUCGAGAGGGAAGAUAUGAUCGAAUACUUCAAAAUAUGCCAGAAGACUCCCCCACCUCUCGAACAGUCAAAUAUCUACCAAUGGAAGAUAAUUCGUUCUUCGCGAGGGAAGAAACUCUACCUCAGACUUCGCGUGAACAAGAACAAUCAGCUAUUGAUGUACCAUAGCUAUCCAAAGUCUCAAAGAGUCUAUGACGCUAUCACCAACGAGUGGAAUCUCUGCACUGGCUUCAAACCGCCUCUUGAACUGGCACAGGGUGACGACAUGGACGAUGAAGUUGAUUACGGCGAUCCUAAAGAUCUUUCUGAUGUCGAUGAUAGUGAAAGCUCCGAUAUGGCACCGUACUUCUCUGAACAGCUGUCCCAGCCUUCUUCACAUGUAGACGAUAGUCGACAGGAGCUUGAAAAGCCCACAAUUGACUCCACACCGGAACUGUUUGUCGUAGCAGACACAGUGCGCCAGACGCCAAAGCAAGACACAAUUCUCACUUUGAAGUAUGGAUAUGGUUACGUGCCGGCCUUACCCAAUGUCAAUGCAACAGAAACUUCAUCAGAGAGCUGGAAAGCUGUAUCUAGAUGCUUUGGAUUCGAAGUAGGCGGACAGGAUGAGCAGCUCUCACCAACGGAGCGGCAAUGCAUCAUCAAAUUCUUCACCGCCUUGGUAAAGUCAGAUUCACAGAUGCUGGCCGAAUUGUGUGAUCUGAAUGACACUAAUCACUCCUCCCUGAGCCAUUUGCUGGACUUUUCAUCUAUUCAAAGACCAUCGCCGAACAUGUUUAUAUUCACAAAACCGUUCACAACGGCGGUGGACUGGGUUUUGGGAGUUGAGUCCCCUGCAAUUGCACUAUAUAUCUGCCGUCUUGCUUUAUCUAACCCUCGAUACACGCUGCUCACAAUUGCACGUCAUCUUUUGAAGGAAUGCAUCGCAUUUCGCACUCUAGUGCCAUUGCGGCUAUCACCCGACACUCAGACAUUACGGGCAGCUUAUGCAGCAACAUUGUUUCGGAAGGCGGGAUAUGAAUUUUCUCAUCACGAUUUUCAGGCCUCCAUGAUAUACUCUAAAGCUAUGGUUAACCAGCCUCGCGGCCGUGCGGCAUUGUUAAAGGGUGGAAUCAUUUCACGCAUUGCCCGAGAGCAUACUAGUCUUGACGGAGCUUUGGAAGGACCCUCGAUUGAAGUCACAGAACAUCAUUCUGGCUUUGUGUUCCAUUCAGUCUCUGACGGUAGCGCGUAUUGCGAUGAUGAGAUGACGGAAGAUGAGCUGGCAGUAAUAUGCGGAACUUAUUCAAUCUACACUGAAAUCAAAGGCCAAGUCACUCUUAAAUUGUGGUUUCCGCCGCCUUAUGUAUGGUCAACAUUCAACGGGUACAAUUGGCUGGGGUGGACUGAACGGAAUGAGCGUUUUUUCCUUGACCAUCUCAAAGAAAUCGAAAAUGGUGGUCAGCCUCUCUCCGCCAAUGCCUGGAAACGAAUACUGAGAGGCGGGAAAGUGAACAGAGAGCUUAUCGAUAACAAUGCUCUGCAAGCUAAAAAAUUCCUUGACAAACACCUGCCUGCUUCAGCUUGUAGUAUAAAUGUGAAGGUCAAGAAGCCCAAAUUUUCGGUCCCUAUUGUUAUCUCUGAAGAUGAGUUCGAGUUGGUGAUGGGUAUAUUUAAGAAAGUAAUGCACGACAAGACGGAGUAUCUGCAUCACAGCUUGGAGACAGGCAUGGAAUUCCCUGCUUUCUCAAAGUAUCAGGAUUGUGCCAAGUUUGAUACCUACACCGCAAGCCUUGCUCAAAACGCAAGAACCAUUUACCCUUAUUGGAAGGAGCGCAGAUUGGAACGACGAGGACACCAAAUCAUACCCACCGUAAAUGGCAAUGAAUCCGAUACUCUCAACGAAUCCUACAUAUGCUUCCGAAGACAAGAAAGCAAAGCCGUCCUAAAGACUCGUGCAUCACAAGUCACAUCGUCGGAUAGGCUAGCCCGACUCCAAGCAGAAUUCUCCUACCCACUCAAACUCGCAAAAGCAAUCCUGACAACGACAAGGACACCGAAUCAUAAAUCUCAGGUCGUUUGGGAGAAGCGCCUAGCUUUCAUGGAUCUCAAGCGCAAAUUUCCUAGUCUCAAUGACAAGAUUGAUGAGGAAUUGCUGGUAAACAAGGAACAAUCAACCAAGAGGGCGGAUACUGGAUUGACGAGAAGCCUGUGCUUCUUUGCAUACAUAUAG